AUGGGCGACAAAGGGACGCGCCACCCCGCCACCUCCGGCUCCGCGGCUCUCGGCUCUGCUCCACCCGAGAUCUCCUGUGUGGUCGCCGGCAGGGCUGGGGGCGCGGGGACCUGGCCGCGGAGACACACGCACACGCACUCGCACUCAUCCACUGACACCCAGCACUGGUUCGCCGGCUCGGGGACGCAGGGGGCAGGCUGA